CUCCCUUUUCUUCUUGCUCGUAGCAGGGAAGCAAAGGAGAAAUCUCCCAGCCUCUGCUGCUUCCCACAACUCACCCCCUCCAACACCCCCACGCCCGCCGCCGCCUCCUCCGCCUCUCCCUUCCCCUCCCCUCCUCCGCAAUCGGGAAUAAAUCAGGGAAGGAGCGAGCCGGGCACGCCAGAGCGAGCAGAGAUCUGUUCCAAAAGUAGCCCUGAUGGCGGCGGAUCGGAUGGAGCCGGAGCUGCCGCUGGAGUAGCGGCGAGUCAGAGUAUCUCCCUGGAUCCCCCGCUCCACCCACAGAUCUCAAUCGGUCUCCUCCCCACCCCCAGCUCCGGUCCCUGCUGCUGUGCCCAUCGCUGGGCGGCUCCUCGGAGAAGGGAGGACACUUUAAAAAGCAAAACAAUCCCCUACUCAUUUAAUUUUAUUAUUUGUUCCGUCUCCGUGACUGGGGGGGAUCGAUCUUCGAUCAGGAAGAUGGCUGCUGGCUGGCUGCUAGUCUUUAGUCUGACACUUUUCCAGUCCCUGGUGAUGAACCUGUCCUCCGAAGGACCCUUCCCUUCUGCCACAACAAUAAAGUCAUGGGUGGAUAAAAUGCAAGUCGAUCUUGUAACGUUGGCAAGAAGCGCAAGUGGGGUGGACGAGCUUGCCAAGAUUUAUACGAAAUACAGCGAUCUGUAUACAGUGGAAGCCAACAAUGCACGUGACUUGGUGGAAAUUGCAGCCAGCAAUAUUGAAAAACUACUGAGUAACAGAUCAAAAGCCCUGGUGAACCUUGCAAAAGAAGCAGAGACAUUUCAAGCAGCACAUCAGUGGAGGGAUGAGUUUGGGGAUAAUGAAAUCAUCUAUUACAAUGCAAAGGAUGAUCAGAAUGAUUCUGAAAAGAACGAGAGUGAAUCUGGAAGCCAGAAAAUCAGACCAGUGUUUGAAGAAGAUGCUGUUUUUGGACGACAAAUAUCUUACCAGCAUGCAGCAGUCCACAUACCAACAGAUAUUUACGAAGGCUCUACAAUAGUGUUAAAUGAACUCAACUGGACUGGAGCAUUGGAUGAGGUAUUCAAAAAGAACAGAGAAGAAGACCCAACUUUGUUAUGGCAGGUUUUUGGCAGUGCGACUGGCCUCGCCCGGUAUUAUCCAGCCUCCCCAUGGGUAGAUAAAAGCCGAACUCCAAACAAGAUAGAUCUAUAUGAUGUUCGCAGAAGACCAUGGUACAUCCAAGGAGCUGCAUCUCCAAAAGACAUGCUUAUUUUAGUUGAUGCGAGUGGGAGCGUUAGUGGACUGACGCUGAAGUUGAUCCGAACCUCCGUCAUUGAGAUGCUAGAAACGUUGUCAGAUGAUGAUUUCGUGAAUGUAGUUUCAUUUAACAAUAACGCUCAGAAUGUCAGUUGCUUUAAUCAUCUUGUGCAAGCUAAUGUGAGGAACAAGAAGAAGCUGAAAGAGGCAGUCUACAAAAUCUCAGCUAAAGGAAUCACUGACUACAAGAAAGGCUUUACCUAUGCUUUUGAACAGUUGCAAAAUCACAGUGGCUCUAGAGCUAAUUGCAAUAAAAUCAUUAUGUUGUUUACUGAUGGUGGUGAAGAAAGAGCACAAGAGAUUUUCCACAGAUACAACAAAGACAAAAAAGUACGUGUAUUCACAUUUUCUGUUGGUCAACAUAAUUAUGACAAAGGACCCAUACAAUGGAUGGCCUGCCAAAAUAAAGGUUACUAUUAUGAAAUUCCUUCCAUUGGAGCGAUAAGAAUAAACACACAGGAAUAUUUGGACGUUUUGGGGAGACCAAUGGUUUUAGCUGGAGAUAAAGCAAAACAAGUCCAGUGGACCAAUGUGUAUUUGGAUGCACUGGAACUGGGCCUUGUCAUUACCGGGACUCUGCCUGUCUUUAAUCGAACAGUAGACCAACAAGGGAACAAGAACCAGCUGAUUCUUGGAGUUAUGGGAGUUGAUGUCUCUUUGGAGGACAUAAAAAAACUGACACCACGGUUUACAUUGUGCCCAAAUGGUUACUAUUUUGCAAUUGACCCUAAUGGUUAUGUUUUACUUCAUCCAGAUCUUCAACCAAAGAAUCCUAAAUCUCAGGAGCCCGUUACACUGGAUUUUCUGGAUGCUGAGCUAGAAAAUGAUAUUAAAGUUGAGAUUCGGAAAAAAAUGAUAGAUGGAGAAAGUGGGGAAAGAACAUUUAAAACAUUGGUCAAGUCUCAAGAUGAGAGGUAUAUUGACAAAGGAAAUCGAACGUAUACAUGGACCGCUGUGAAUGGCACAGAUUACAGUUUGGCCUUGGUAUUACCAUCCUACAGCUUUUACUACAUUAAAGCCAAAAUAGAAGAACCAAUAACUCAGGCCAGAUUCAAAAAGGAUUCAGAAACUCUAAAGAUUGAUCACUUUGAUGAAGCUGGCUAUACCUUUAUAGCACCAAGAGAAUACUGUAAUGAUGUAAAAGUAUCAUACAACAACACUGAAUUUCUUUUAAAUUUCAAUGAGUUUAUUGAUCGAAAUACCCCAAACAGCCCUUCAUGUAAUGCUGAUAUGGUCAUUAGAGUUUUGCUGGAUGCAGGAUUUACAAAUGAACUAGUCCAGGAUUAUUGGAGUAAGCAAUCUCUCAAUGGAGUUGUUGCACAAUUUGUGGUUACGGAUGGUGGAAUCACUAGAGUUUUCCCUAAAAGGGCAGGAGAUGAUUGGACAGAAAAUCCUGAAACUUACGAAGUCAGUUUCUAUAAACGGAGCUUGGAUAAUGACAACUAUAUCUUCACAGCUCCAUACUACAACAAAAGUGAAGCCAGUAGCUAUGAAACAGGCAUUAUGGUGAGCAAGGCUGUGGAAAUAACCAUUGGUGGAAAACUUCUUAAACCCGCAGUUGUUGGAAUAAAAAUUGAUGCAACCAGCUGGAUGGAAAAUUUCACCAAAACCACAACCAAGAGCCUGUGCAACAGUGAACUUUGUGGCUGUGAAAGAAACAGUAUGCACCUGGAUUGUGUUGUUCUUGAUGACGGUGGAUUUCUUUUGAUGUCAAAUCAGGAUGAAUAUACCCAACAGAUUGGACGAUUCUUUGGUGAGAUUGACCCUGACCUGAUGCGAAACCUCAUUAACAUGUCCUUAUAUGCCUUUAACAAGUCUUACGACUAUCAGUCUGUGUGUGAUCCUGAAGAAGAACCAAAGCAAGGAGCUGGUCUUCGUUCUGCAUACGUACCUACAGUAGCGGAAAUUUUGCAUGUCGGAUGGUGGGCCUCUGCAGCCGCUUGGUCUAUCUUGCAACAGCUGUUUUUGGGCCUGACUUUUCCACGUUUCCUUGAGGCAGCGGAAGCAGAUGAUGAGGAUUACGCUACUAUCCUAUCCAAACAGAGCUGCAUUACUGAGCAAACUCAGUAUUUCUUUGAAAAUGAUGAUAAAUCCUUUAGUGGGAUUGUAGACUGUAUAAACUGUUCCAGACUUUAUCAUGCAGAAAAGCUUUCACACACCAAUCUAGUAUUUAUAAUUAGUGACAGCCAACGGAUGUGCCGCUCCUGCGACCCAAAGCCAUUGAUGCAAGCAGAAAAGCCGGAUGAAGGGCCAAAUCCUUGUGAAAUGGUGAAGCAGCCCAGAUACCGAAAGGGGCCUGAUGUCUGCUUUGAUAACGAUAAUGCGGAUCAGCCUAUAUGCACAACGAGUCGUGCCUCUGCCAUGAUGUCCGCUCCUACCUUCAUUUUUCUGCAAGUUUUCAUAUGGUGUGGAUGGAAGAUUCGUCAGACUGUGGUGGGGUCUCUGGACUGAGCCCACCACUCUGGUCUAUGAUAGGAAUCCAGUUUGUCCUGCUUUGGCUGUUAUCUGGCAGCAGACAUGGCCAGUUAUGACCCUGUGAAACCAAAACCUGCAUAACUAAUCAAGACCCUGCCAAAACGUUAGCCCUCACUUUCAUUAUCAAAGGGUCAGCUAUUCAGACAGCAGAAGAACAGCAAUGCCCAUAACUUGGUAUCAGUCUAUGUGAAAGAUUCAUAAAGGCACCCACAGUGGCUGCAUGUUGGAGUGUCAGAUCGUUAAACAUGUGUGAAUGCUGCAUCAUCUCUGCCAUCAGAACAGAAUUCUAUAUGUGCUUUAUUGAGGAAUCUAAGAUUUUUGUGUUCAUUGUUGUAUCGUUGAUGACUUCAUGUAAAAGGGCUCCCCUUAAAAUAGCUUAUGUAUGAUAUGAUUUCCAUUUAUUUUGAUCUUAGCAUUGAAUUUGUUGCAGACCCUAUAUGCUUUUACAUGAACACUUGUGAAAUCACAUUUCUUUAACCCUCCUCUUUUAUUGUAUUAAUACCAUUACAGCUGCUUUGAACAUCAGUUGUGUUCAGAAUAUAAAUAGUUGGCAGACUUCAGUUCGUACAAAACAGCUUAGUGAAUUGAAACUAUCGGCUAGUCUUCUCCAGAAGUUCACCAAGACUGAAAUGCCUUACAAUGAGUGGUUUAUUCUGCCAAAAUUAAUCAAAACAGGUGGCUAGCUAAGUUUUGGUAGGUUCAUAAACUGUUGGUUUUAAAAUAAAACAAAACAAAAAAGCAAGCAAGAAGCUACUGAAUUUUGAAAUAUAAAGGUGUUUGAGAGUAACCAAGUGAUUUUUUCCUCCUGAACUCGGUGUCAUGUCCCUUUCAGAAAGCUGUUAAUUUCCAUGUAAUGAUCAGUGCUCUCUUCGCAGUGCAGUUACGUAACGCUAGCCAAAUCCUUCAAAAUGCUCAAAUGAAAAAGCUUGUGAAUACAAAAUGUCUUUGUGAUUAUUGAACGUUGGUUUCCAAGGGUAUUUUGCAUGAUGAUGCUGCUACUUUAUUGUUUUUAAGUUUGUUUUCUUGAAUGGUAGAGUAUAGUCCAUUGAAAAGGUAACUGAGUGAUUCUUUUGUUGUGUGAGAAACUGAACAUUGCAAUGUGAUGCAAUUAAAUAAUCUUAAAUUAUAUUGUUAAACAGAGCUCUGAAUAUACUGUGCAAUGAAAAAGCUAAGAAAGUAGCGUACAUUUAGUUGGCUGGACAAAAGGGAUGAGAUGGAUUUUAUACAGAUUAGUGCUCUCACAUGAAAACCUAUGUACAGAUAUUUUAAGUAUAUAAAAAUCAGAUUUGACACAUUUAUUUUUGAAGAGUAUAUGUUGUUCUGAGAUUUAUGCCAGGUUCCCCUUUUGUUUUCAUGGCAUGGUAGCACCCCUUAAUGUUUAAACUCCUAUUAUUGCUAUUUUAUAUUGAAUAUAGCAAGCUUAAUAGAGCAAGAUUUCCUGGCUGCUGAAAUUAGAACGAAAUCCGAACAAAUGGGGAGCCUUGAAUCUAUAUGUAUGCACAUUGAUACUUGAUUGUGAAUAACAAUAAAAAAACAAUUGUUUUAUACAAACUUGUUGGUGAUACAAAUUGGUGCAGUAAAUUAUAAUAUUACACUGUAGAAUAGUGUACAUGCAAAAUAUGAUUUGCGCUUUUUUCUAGUUUUCAGAACUAAACAGUAUUGCAAGACAGCUAAACCAAUGAAUGUGCAACUCUGCUGACAUUGUGCAAUUCUGCUAACAGCUGCAAUAUGGUAAUAUUUACAUGGUACAAUACAUUUGUUCUUUAAAAAAAUGAAAAUGCAAAGCGUUGGUAUGUAUAUGCUGGCAAAUGACUACUAUAAUCUUGAACAUGUCAAAAGCUUACAGAAAUUAUUAGGCAUGCAUCAAUAUGCCAUGAAAAUUGAAGAAGCCACUCAAACCUAUGGCAUGGCUUACAAGAUGAAAUGACUACAUGUAGAUGUGCCUAUGAUUAGUUGUUUGUUUUUCACAUUACCCUUGGUUCCAGCUGUGUAUGUUCCCAUGUUUAGGAUUACAGUGCUGGCAGAGGGAACCUAUUAAUUAUCACAAUUAAUGGUUUAAUAUCUCUAGGAAAGUCAUCUGAUUAAACGUACAAUUGACUGAGUUUGGUGGAUCCAGUUCUUCCCUAGUGAAGAGGAGCUGAUUUCAGCAACAUGGGGAGAGGAUAAGUGGGGAAUUUUCCCCGCCAGUAGUGUUGCUCGUAGGGCUGUGAAGCAAUU